CGGACGAUUAUGAAAAUAUCAAACAUAGAGUCCGACCAGCGGAGCCUGUCCGAAGAAAUCUCUCACCCCUGGUAAUCUACACUUUCUUGGUUCUCGGCAUCCUGCUGUUGGUUCUGAAUCUCGCGAUUACAGUUACGCUGAAACAUAGAGUCCGACCAGCGGAGCCUGUCCGAAGAAAUCUCUCACCCCUGGUAAUCUACACUUUCUUGGUUCUCGGCAUCCUGCUGUUGGUUCUGAAUCUCGCGAUUACAGUUACGCUGAUUGCAGGAAACUUUGAGAAGACCAGCAAACAACUCGCUGAACUUAAAGCUGAGAUUUCAGGGAUGAGAGAGGUUACAGGAAACUUUGAGAAUACCAGCAAAGAAUUCGCUGAACUUCAAGCUGAGAUUUCAGGGCUGAGAGAGGAUCUGUCUCUUAUCCCACCUUUCAACCAAUGGAGACUAUUCAAUAAAAGGCUUCAUUUCUUCUCAUCAACUAAACAAACGUGGACUGAAGCUCAAAAAUUCUGUGCCUCAAUGAAUUCCCAGCUUGUGGUCAUUCACAGUACAACGGAGCAGGAAUAUAUCCAGCAGAAUACAAACCGCGAGCAUUGGAUUGGACUCCAUGACACUGCUGAAGAAGGGACCUGGCGCUGGGUGGAUGGCACGGAUUAUGCUUCAAAUGUCAAGUUCUGGGCGAGAGGUCAACCCAAUGGUGAUGAGAAUCAGGAUGAAGACUGUGUGGUUACUGAAGAGGGAUUUUGGCACGAUUGGCCCUGCAGUUCCAAACAUCCCCCCAUCUGCGAAAAACUAGCAGAGUAAUACAUCCCUUCACGUUACAGUUGGGACAAAGUGGGAAGUGAACCUAUUUGUAUAUGUCCCAUGUUUGCAUCCCAGGUGAGCAGCCCUGAGCUGGGAUUGGUGGGGCGGAUUGUGGCCAGAGCUCUCCCUCCCUCCCUCCCACUCCCCACUGAAACUGUACUAAAGCCCAGAGCUCACAAUCAGUUUAUCCUCACCCAGCAGUGCAAAGACCCAAGUGGGGAAUAUCCACAUUGUCCUUCCGGUGGGGACCCACAUCCAAUUUUCUGGAAUGUUGCAAUGUGCUAGUGCAGUGUGUGUUCAUCGGUGCUUUCUGAUCCCUCGCAUCUCUCCAGCUCCAGCCCUUGGCAACAAGGCUGCCCUGGGAGUCUCAAACCUGCGGUACUGUUUGGAAGCAGUGAUAUGUGAUAUGUGUCGCCCUCAUUUGAACGAAGGAAUGGUUUCUAUACACUCCCACUCAGAGUGCCGACUGAAAGGCCAGUGGAUCUGGUUCCUCCCACAUCAGGUCUGGUCACAGGGUGUCCCCUCUCCCCACACUCCUCCUUCUUCCCUGCUCUACCCCACCUUUCCCCACUUUACCCUGACCAUUGUGGUGCCAUCAUGUCUGUGCAAACUUCAACAGAAGACAUUGCUCUUCAUCUGUGGGUGAAACAGCUUCAUUUUCUGUCCCUGACUGGAACAAGUUGAAAACAAUACGCUGCCAAAAUCUUGAAAAGGAACCUCAUCUCUUCGAGGAUGACGACAUCCCCAAAGUCCUCUCCGAUCCACCUCAUCUUGCUCCCUCACCUCCCCUCACCCACUUCCUCCACACUCCCACCUCCCCUGGGUUUCUGGAAGACCACUGGAUCUUGGGGCAAUUAAAUAGCCAGGUUUGUAACUGCAGGAUUGUUCCUCAGGAUUGGAAGAUUUUUAAUCUGCUGUAACCUGCCUCCCUCUGCAAACUUGUCCCUGCUGAUCUUGAUGUUCA